AUGUGCAAGCAGCCACGACAGCUGCUGCGCUCUGAGGAGCUGCUCUUCCAUGACUCAAAGAGCAGUGAUUUCGGAGAAGAGCCGUACAUUAUGACUUGUUCCCCUGGGGAGAUAGUAGAAGAGGACAAGACUAUCUUACAUGGUUCCCAAGCAGAGGACAGCGAAGGACCCUUGCCCUGUGAGUCACCAAGCCAGGCAAUGGAAAAUCUUGCUUAUUCUUCUACGUCCGGUCAGUGCGAAGAACAAGCCUGGAGUGACUACGAGAGAUAUGUUGGAGAUCCCAGUUACACAUCGGGAGAGCCUCUUCAAAUUAAGGAAGAGGGCAGCCAGUUUAACUACAACUAUAGUGAAGAACCAGCCUUUAUAGAUCCAAAUCCCACCCAUGAAGAACGUAGUGAGCUCUUUGACACCAUGAAUAACCUUCUCAUCCACCAAAUCACAUUUGGCCAGUCUUCUUCGGUAGACAAGCCCUAUGCUUGCAACCAUUGUGAGAAGCGAUUUGCUAAGAGGUCGCACUUGGGAAUGCACCUUAAAACUCACACAGGAGAGCGUCCUUAUGCCUGUCCUGACUGUGGCAAAAAGUUCACUAGGAGGUCAAACAUGCUGACGCACUACCGUACCCAUACUGGAGAAAAGCCAUUUGCUUGCCCCAAGUGUGGCAAGAGGUUCACACAGAGCUCUCAUAUGGUGACACACCAAAGGACGCACUCCUCUGACAAAUUCUACAGUUGCCCCGAGUGUAAGAAACGCUUUACUAAGUGGUCCUACCUGAACUUCCACCUCCGAACACAUGGAAUAGAAAAACUGAGUGUACCCUGA